CGUGUGGAGCGAUGCUUCGGGAGAGCUCCAGCCAGCCAGCAGCAGCGGUCCCAAGGUCGGUGAGAGUGCGCUCGGUCUCGCGGUGCGGUAGAGAGCGAACGAGGAGAGUUUAUGCUGGCUGCCCGACUGCACGAGGAAGACCCCACUUUUGCCCGUUCAAGCCGGAACGGACUCUGCUGCUUUCUCUAUAAAUUCCGUAAGCCUUGGCAUUGAAAACCCAUUCUCGGUGUAUUUCUCCUUGGACUUGGACUUGGUUUGUUGAACUUCCCCCCGUUAGUCGGUGCCGGUUUUUGCUCUCGAUCCGCGUUUCGAUUCUCGAUCACUGUGCGCAACAGGAAUUAAGUGUGCGAUCUUCAGCUUCUUCUUCUUGUGGUGAACAAACCUGGAGAGGUGGUGCGUGGAAUGAUAUUUCAGCAAUAUCCAGCGUAUCCCAGUGCAAAGUGGAGUGUGAUUGGGUGAUUGCAUCGGAACAAGGGGGCAGAACAUAACUCAGAUAUUGUCAAGAACCUGUUCCAGAUCGGGGGGUUGUUGUGCCGCGGUGAAGUUCAAGUGCUCAGCCGUUGUGUUCUGUGUCGCUGUGAAAAAAGACGAGAGAUAGAUAACGAUCUGGUGGCGUCUAGCGGAGAGCUAACUCAGCGUGGAAAUCUGAUAACUCCAAAAGGUCUCUAAUUAGCAACAAGUGGUUGAAAGCCGAUGCCGGGAUAGGAAACGAAAAAAUAAAUACACACAAGUGAACAAAGAAUAGCAGCUAAAGCAAAAGAAACAAAUCGGAAGUUUGUGAAGAAGCAACAAUAUCUUGGAAUAGCAUCUCCACUCGGAAAGUGUAUUGGGAAAUAACCGCGCCACAAAGUGUUUAAAGGAAAAACAUCAAAACCUGAAAGGAAAAAGGCGGCGUAAAAGUGCAACAACUGAACAAACGAAGCGCCCUCUUGCGAACCAAGUGAAGUGGUGUGUCCGUGUGUCUGUGUUCCGUGUUCGUUUGCGAAUCUUGAAAGCCUUGUGACCUCCUCCGGGACAGUGCAGGAAGUGCAGAGAGUGUACCAGCAUUACCAGCAGCAAACAGCAAGCAGCCAGCAGCAGAAUGUGGAAAUCUACGGCAGUACUUUUGGUGGCGGUUGCGGCAGCGGUACUUUUCAUUGAGGCCAGCUAUGCAAAAGAAGCCAUCCCGGCCCUAGUGGACACAGAAGCCUCCGCCCGCCAGAGUAAAGCCGUAUCGACGCAUUGUCCGCGAUCAUGUCCACCGACGACGACUCCAGCGGAGCCGGUCUGCGGAUCGGACGGCCUAAUCUACGCCAACAUCUGCGAGAUGAAGAAGAAAACCUGUACGAAGAAUGCGCCGAACAGCGUGACGGAGGACAAGGAGGGCUGCGAGCGGGCGAAGGGCUCUCCGUGUAGUCAUCGCUGUCCAACGGAGAAGGAUCUAGUGUGCGGAACCGAUGGCCGAACGUAUCUGAACCGAUGCAUGCUGCGAGUGCAGGCCUGUCGAGUCGGAACUGCUGCGGUGUCUCUGGCCCACGUGGGACCCUGCGCCAACGGGAGCAUCAUUCGGGAGUCUUGCCCAGUCGACUGCAACAGCGCUCCUCAAGAUGGACCAGUUUGCGCCUCGGACGGUAACGUAUACAACUCCACAUGCCAGAUGAAGCUGAUCACCUGCGGCCAGGGAGUGGUACGAACAAGCCGAAAGCACUGCCAAAGCACCCGUAACUGCCGAGAAUCGUGCUGGCGAGUAGCCCGACCAACCUGCGGAUCCGACGGUCGUCUAUACGCCAGCGCCUGUAAGAUGCGAUCGUCCAACUGCGGUAAGCACGUCUUCGAAGUGCCAAUCUCGUUCUGUAUGUCCCAGGAACGUGCCGGAGGAAGCUCGGCCGCCGCCACGAACAAGAUCGAGGAUUGCCCAACGGAUUGCGUCCGGGAGGCUCAGCAAAUGAUCUGCGGUAGCGAUGGGAACGUGUACACCUCGAUGUGUGAACUGAAGAUGCUGAACUGCGGACAACGCAAGAAGAUCCAGGUCGUGGGUAUUGACCGGUGCAAGCAGAAGAUGAGCCGCUGCAAAUCCAUCCCAGCCUGUAAGCACCACAGCAAGAACAGUGCGUCGAUCUUCGGAGACCAGAAGGAUCUGCUGUGUGGUACCGACUCGCGGACGUACAACAACGAGUGCGAACUGGCGAGAGCUACCUGCUUACGUGGAGUUCAACUGGCUCACAUCGGCGCCUGCACACAGCUGAAGACCAAGACAGACACUGUUGAUUGCUCGAGCUGCACCUACGACGAAGAUCAAGUUGGCCCCAUCUGCGGCUCCGAUGGAAACACCUACCGGUCACGUUGCGAACUGAAGCAGAAAACCUGUGGUCUCAGAGUCGUUCCAGUUUCCCUCAAAAACUGUGCCACCACUGCCCACUGUGAAGCAAACUGUGAAACCGAACCUACCAGCUACAUCUGCGGCUCGGACAACAAACUCUAUCCGAACGAGUGCUUCAUGCGAAAGGAGAACUGCGGCAAGCACAUGUUCAUCGUACCGAUGAAGCGCUGUUUGGCGGCCUUCACCUUCAAGGGCUGCUCGCGAAUCUGUCCGCAGGAAUUCGAACCCGUGUGCGGCACCGACGGCAAAACCUACUCCAACGAUUGCUUCCUCAGCAUCGAAAACUGCCGAUCGCGAUCGGUCCACAAGAAGCACGACGGACCCUGCGGACGGCCCGAGGAACCAUCGCACAACUAUCUGUACUAAAACACAAAACAAAAUGCCAACAAAUCAGUUUCUAAGGCCACUUUUUUUCCAGUCUAGCCUUUCCCCCCCUCUUCCCUUGUUCAUUGCCACAAGCUGUCCUUAUCUUGUAUUUGUAGCAUUAAGGCUGUUUAGAAAGUAGUUAUUCUUCGAAACUUGCCGUACUGUUGUACUAAAGUUUUAGAACAGUCGGUCAAACGCUUUGACCUACAAGGUUCGCCAAAAUUCGACUGCCAGAACAAAACGUACUGAGGAAAACAAGACUUGAACCACCCAUUUUCGACGCAUAUUUACUGGUAAAAUUUACACUUUUUCCUACUGAAAGUCUAAUUUUUUACGCACCCUAUCCCCCUAGUAGACUGUUUUUAACGAAAGAACAAAUUUUAGACAAAAAAAAACAAUCACACCGGAAGCGCGGAAGUCACAUGCCGCCCUUUUAGUUCGUAUUUAGUUCAAAUGAGUAAGAUUUAGAUUUAUAGGUUAAUCGUGUAUAGAAACAAAACAAAAGAAAACCCGAAACGAGAAAGAAAUCGAAACUCUUUUUUUGUUUUUAACUUAUUCAGUUAGUAGUCAAGCAAAAA